UCUCUCCCUCCCUCCCUCUCUCUCUCUCCUUUGAACCUGAGCCAUCUCACUCCAGCAUUCAUGCCGUUUCCACCAAUAGGCCCAAUGAGCUGACUGCGCACCACCCACUAUCUGUGUGUGUGUGUAGUUUUUUUCUUCUCCUCCGUUCCCCUUCUGUUUUUUCCGAGCAGAGCUGGAUGUGUAGACCGUCACAUGUUGUUCGCCCUCCUCCUCUUCCUCCUCCUCCUCCUCCUCAGUCCGGACACCGGGAGACAUGUGUUAUUUAUCGCUCAGCUGUGCCACGGGACGAACGGACGCACGAGCGGCUCUGGAAACUCCGGAGGAUUAAAAACAAAAACAACCAGCUCGAGCGUUUCUCCGGCUCCUCGAGGAACGAGCAGCGGCGGCUUUUGUGUCUGAGCGCCGAGGACCAGAGAUGGCGAGUCCGCCUCACACCGGAGAGCAGCCGUCGGCGCCCGGCGGCGCGAGCAGCGACGUGAAGAAGAGCGGAUACCUGAAGAAGCAGAAACACGGACACAAGCGCUUUUUCGUGCUGAAGGAGCCGAGCGACGGGUGCCCGGCGCGGCUGGAGUACUACGAGAGCGAGAAGAAAUGGAGAAACAAAUCGGCCGCGAAGAGAGUGAUCCCCCUCGACGGCUGCCUCAACGUCAACAAGAGAGCCGACGCCAAGCACAAAUUUCUCAUCGCUCUUUACACCAAGGACGAGUAUUUCGCGGUGGCGGCGGAGAACGAGCCGGAGCAGGAGAGCUGGUACCGGCUGCUCGCGGAUUUAAUGGCCGAGGGGAAAGUCAACGACGGCUCCACGUCCAACUCGGCGUCCUCGCUGGUUGGCUUCGACGAGGCGAGCUACGGUGUGAUCACGCCGGUCGCCGCCGCCUACAAGGAGGUAUGGCAAGUGAAUCUGAAAUCCAAGGGCCUGGGGCAGAGCAGGAAUCUGACCGGGGUGUACAGGCUGUGUCUCUCCAGCCGGACUAUCAGCUUCGUCAAGCUCAACUCGGAGGUCGCCUCCGUCGUCUUGCAGCUGAUGAAUAUCCGGCGGUGCGGCCACUCCGACAGCUUCUUCUUCAUCGAGGUGGGACGGUCCGCAGCCACGGGUCCCGGGGAGCUGUGGAUGCAGGCGGACGACUCCGUGGUGGCGCAAAACAUCCACGAAACCAUCCUGGAGGCGAUGAAAGCCAUGAAGGAGCUGUCGGAAUUCCGCCCGCGCAGCAAAAGCCAGUCGUCUGGUACGAACCCGAUCUCUGUGCCCACAAGGAGGCACCUGAACAAUCUCCCUCCCAGCCAGACCGGGCUUACCCGGCGUUCGCGCACAGACAGCAUGGCCGCGACUUCUCCUGUUAGCAAGUUUUCCUCCUGUAGAAUACGCACGGCCAGCGAGGGAGAUGGCACCAUGACACGCCCCAUGUCAGUAACCGGGAGCCCGCUUAGCCCAGGGAUCCACAGGACCCUCCUGAGCAGAUCCCACACCAUAACAACCCACCCGUGCAGGACAUUUGAAUCUUCUUCCCUCCAGCACAGUAAGUCCAUGUCUAUGCCCCUGUCCCAUUCCCCACCUAUGGGUGCCCCUAGCCUAGUGAGCCUGUCCUCCUGCCAUGACACCAGUGCUCCUCGCCCCUCCAGUUGCAGUGCCUCCUUCUCAGGCUCACCCAGUGAUGCUGGUUUCAUAUCAUGUGAGGAGUAUGGCUCUAGCCCUGCAGAUGUACGGGACCUUAAGCUGUCGCUCACCCUUCGUAGCAACACUCCCGAGUCUCUCAGAGCAGACACUCCCCCCUCCCGGGAUGGCAGUGAGCUUGGUGGCUACAUGGUGAUGGAGCGGCAAAGUCUGAAUGGUUACCGUCGGUUACCAGAGCUGGACAAGGCUUAUAGGAAGCGCACAUACUCCCUCACCACCCCCCGCCGACAGAGGGCCCCUCCACAAGUAUCUUCAGCCUCCCUGGAUGAGUAUACUCUCAUGAGGGCCACAUACACCAACGGUAACCAGUCUUCCCGCAGGUGUCACACUGCCUCCCCUAAAGGGUCCUUUCCCGAGGAUUACAGGGAUGUCCAGAUCGGAUCCAACGGUGUACAAGCUGACAGUGGUUAUAUGCCAAUGAUGCCAGGUGUGGCACCCCAGACACCGAGGUCCAAGGAUGAUCCCUACAUGCCAAUGAGCCCCAUGUGUGUUUCUGCUCCAAAGCAGAUCAUCAACCCCCGUUCACACUCUUCUUCACCAGGGCUGGCCCCGCACACAGACUCCCCCGGGAGUGUUUCUCUGGAGGACAGUGGUUAUAUGCGCAUGUGGUGCGGAACCAAGAUGUCAAUGGAGAGUUCUGACGGAAAGCUCACAAAUGGAGAGUACUUGAAUAUGUCUCCUGUUGACUCUCUUGUGUCUUUUACACCCCCGGACUACAUCCUUAGUCCCUCAGGAGGAGAUCCCAACCCCCAACAACUUCACAGACAGCCUUAUUUUUACAGCUCUCUACCACGCUCACUUAAAGGCCCCUUGCAGCGCAAUGGGUCCACAGACACAGACCAGUAUGUGGUGAUGAGCUUACAGAGACAGCGGAUAGAAGAGGAGUCCAACUAUUGUCCUAUCUCACCAGGAGACUGUGUGGCCAACAGCUGUCCAGGGACACCAGGCACAGUGUCCUCUGCUGUCUCGCCUCUCAGACUGGCUCGUGUAGAUGGAGGCAUGCAACACCGGAGUAGGGUGUGUCGACCUACCCGCCUGGCUCUGGAAUCCCUCAGAACAUUACCAUGUAUGAGUGAACACCCCCUUCCCUCAGAGCCUCGCAGCCCCGGAGAAUACAUCAACAUAGACUUUAAUAGUCCAACCCAUAACCCUCAGGCAUCCACUGUGUCAGAGAGCUCUGAGUCCUCAGUGAGUUUAAUGUCAGGAAAGAGGGAAUCCCUACCACUAUCAGACUAUACCAAUGUUGAGGUCACUUCCCCAGGUCACCUUGGCUCACACAAAGCUACGGGUUCCCCCCCACCAGGGUGCCUAAACCACACGCCUGAAGCCUUGACUUGUCCUCUGGUGAACAAACAGCAGGGCAUGCAGGGAGGUGAGGUGGAAGAAAAGGAAAAAGGCAUAGGGGGACAGGCAGAGGAGAGGGGGAUGGUAGAGGAAUAUCCUCUCCAACAGCAGGUGAGUCUGGUGUGUCAGCCUCUAUCAGUCAAGGAUGACUACACUGAGAUGACGUUCAGUCCUCCUGCCCCUCUCCCUGCUCUUUGCAGCACUGAUGCUGCUUCCCUCCCUACCAGCCCUACUUCCUGUGUCCAGAGACUUAACCUUGGGAGCAGCAUUGUGGACGGGGUGCCCCAUGUCCCAGAGGACUCAUUUCUCAUAGGAGGUCCUUCAUUAUCGGUCAAUCUUGUGGAUCCACACAGGGGGGCCAAAGUGAUCAGGGCUGACCCUCAGGGUCGCCGGCGGCACAGUUCAGAGACCUUUUCCUCCACCACCACUGUCACACCUGUGUGCCCAUCCUUUGCGCACGACACCAAACGUCACAGCUCUGCCUCUGUGGAGAAUGUAUCUCGGACUGUUCAAAGCUCUGAGGAACCUGAUGAGGACUGUGGCAACAACAGCCCCAUGUGCAGAGAGAUGUCAGCUGGUUAUCAAAAUGGACUUAACUACAUUGCCUUAAACUUGAUGGAGGGAAACUUUGGAGGAUGCAGGUUAGGGGGCUGUGAUGGACUCCUGAGCUUCAAGACAGCCUGUGGCUGCAAGGGAGGCAUGACCUGUUUCAACACCAGCCCCUACGCAAGCAUGGGAUUCAAGGAGACUGCUGCUGCUGUGAAAGAAUGAAGGUUGAUGGAUCCCCCUCCCCCGUCUCCCUCCCUGUCCUGUGAAUGUCGGAUUUGGCUGCAGCCGAGUGACGAGGUCACCACAACGACAGUUGGACCAUGCGCUGCAGCUGAUGUCCUUUGACCUAUUCGCUGCCUUCAAGGUUCACAGGGACUGCCAUCACCAUGGAAACAUGGACACUUGACCCUUGCCCCAAAUCUUCCCUCCGCUUCUCUUGGCACCAAAACAUUCAGGCGCCAUUGCUGCUGUAGUACUAGAUUACUUUUAAAGAGAAAAUGACAAGAACUUAAAUGGACUACUAACUCUAACCAUAGAUAGGUAACUAUUUAUCUAUUUAUCUCUGUACGUAGGCCUGCAAAAUGAUUCUGCAGUCAAAUGUUUAUGUUAAUUGUUAUUACCAUUCUCACACUUUCAACUGGCUUCCUUUUGGCUUCAGCCAAUCGUCGCCAGAAAAUCUCACCUGAAAACCUGUGAACCAAACCUGGAGAGCACGUGCGCACACAAAGAACCUUACAUGCAUACAGAGCACAUGUAUUUAUCUAUUUAUCUAUCAUGUCUGUAUGCUGUAAAUGAAAUGUGUGGGUCAAUUUUUAUACAGAUUGUACUGCAAAAGAGGUGGCAUUUAUGAACAUAUUUAAAAUCAGAGUUAACAUUUGCUUAAAAAAACUAAAAAACCCUACCUCAGCAAAAACCAGGUUGGUACCAAUUCACACAGUAGAAAUAUAUAUAAAAUAUUUAUUUUCGGAGGUGAAUGUUUUUUAGAAAUCACCAAUCCAAAGCCUUACUCUAACCAUCAGCCCUCGUAUGAUGGACCUUUUUUUUAGUUUGGACCUAUAAAACACGCAGUAUAUCAAAGAUUUACUUCUUAGAGACUGAAUGUGCAUCAGAGCAGAGUGAGAGAGAGAUGGCCUCUCCAAGAUUAAGCUCCUUCUCUCCCCACACACAUCUAUGACAAUAUAAUGUAUAAAAAAAUCCAUAGUAAUAUAUUUAUCAAUAUGCCUGAGAUGGAGGAUUUAUACACACUAAAAGAAUACUUACAGUGGAACUCUUGACACUGCAUUGCAUCACAUGUGUAUGCAAGUGUCCGAACAAUGCAGCACCAACCAGGUCCGCCUGGUCCUGAGCACCGGAUCCGUGGCCUGUCUGAGCCCGAUGCCCUGUCCACACUAAUACGGAUAUUUUGCAAAACAAACUUUUCCCUCUACGUUUGGGCAACUCGUCCACACGCAAAUGACGUUUCAAGUCAAUAAAACAAAAUUUUUUACAAACGUCUUCCAAAGUGCAUGUUUAUGUGUAUUGGUGUGUGCAUGUUAAGCGUUUGAUGACAUCACAGCUUACCUGGCACACACCCAUUUUGUUUUGUUUAAUGAGCAUGCACCAGAAACAGCAACAUCAAUGGCAGCUAUAUAACAGUUUUGCCUACCAUUGGUUAGUACUGCCGGAUGUAAUUAAAAGUUUGCAGCUAAAUUUAGCAUCACUGCACCGGCAUUCACAGGGUUUUCUCUUACGAGACGGAUCGUGAAUGUAGACUUUAUCGCCACCUACCGGCCCGGCAUGCUUAUUUGAGCAUUUUGCGUUCAAGUCUGGGCGGUCGUUUGGAGAUUUUUUUUUCUUUUCUUUAAAUGGAGGGAAAAAUAUCUGUUAAAAGAAAUAUCUGCAGUCGUGUAGACGAGGGCCAAGUCUCAGCAUCUUUAUAGACUUUACCAACUCACUGUUCACUUGUGAUAUCCUGCACAGCCUGCAGGAAGUAUAUGACCUGUCAAGACAAGGGAUGGGCACAUGAAUGUUUGAAGUUAUUUGUACGGAGUAACUGGACAGCCCAGUAUUGUACAUUUUCUCACCUGAUGCCUCGCUGUGGGCGUCUUGUCACACCACACCAGACAACACUGAGCAAUGUGGCGGACGCCGGACGCAGUCGGUCCAACGAGCAGCUCCAUAGCCUGAAUUCACGGCCUCCACUGCAUGGUCUUGCACUUACAAACUUUCAAGAUUGUAACACAAGACACGUUGAAUGUAGUACACGCUGUGUUCCGAGCUCGGGAACACACGACCCAAACAAAACACCACAGCAUCCGCGACAACAGUAGUGAAACAUGCAGAGGUAGAGAAUGGAGACUAUACCACAGACACAAGCCGAAUGAAAAGAGACAAACCAGGGGAAGUAUCUUAUUAUUUAUCUGAAUUCACUGGUACCUAACCUUUGCUUCUAUACUGUAAAUAACGCAAUGUUACAGAGAAUUACAUCCAAGCAAACUCUGCAAGACUUUGAGAGAUGUUAAGUUAAAUAACUUAUGUUGUUUGUACUGUACAUAGUAUGUGUUUGAGUGAAAUUUCUGAUACAACAAAAGCACUAAUUAAGUUAUAUGCUAAAUAGUAUGGUUUGGCUUUGAUUUUCUCUUUUUUUUUUUUAAACUAUCAUGGGAUAAUCUUGUGAAAUGGAUGCCACUAUGAGGACAUUUUCUAAUGCUGUAAUUCUGAAAAAAAAUAAGAUUUUAAGAGAAAUCAUUAAUACUUGACAUAGUUAAUUCUUGCUACUACGGUACAACACAAAUGGCAUAUAUGCAAUAUUUACACUUUUAAAAAUUAGUUUACAAAGAUGUACCAAAUGUAUAAAUACUGUUAAUAAUGUUUGUUAAAACCUUAAAUCAGACUUUUGCUGUUUGUACAUAUUUUUUUCUUCAAAUUUGAAAUGGAAACUUUGUUUGUUUUUUGAGCAGUGUUUUUUGCAUUUGGAUAAUGUUUCAAGUUUUUAUUCAGCAUCUAAAGGUUACAAUAUGGGCCCCGGCUUAUCUUGCUGUGUCUUUCAUUGUAAAUAUUUCAUAUCUUGCAUAUUGUGACGCUACUAAGAGAUGAUAAUUUAAACAUAGUUCAUUGCUUUAGAUUGUAUUGAUUCUUUAUAGACACAUGCAAUAAAUAAUGCUGUUAUUUAAGAGA